CAUUCCGAUACAGACACGUGCGAUUCGCCCAGCAGCGUUACGCCCCGCUUAUUGCGACUGUACUUCACAUCUGUUCCAGAUGGCACCAAAAUGUAAAUUAACUUACUUCAAUGCUAAGGGAACUGCUGAACCAAUACGUUUUCUUUUGUUCUACGGAAAGAUAGAGUUUGAGGAUGUCCGUAUUGAAUCUCCAGAGAAGUGGAGCUCUAUGAAAACUUCUACACCAUUUGGACAAGUUCCCCUUCUUGAAAUUGAUGGAAAGAAGAUGCAUCAGUCCAUAACCAUAUGCCGUUACUUAGGCAGGAAGCUUGGACUGGCAGGUGAAAAUGAUUGGGAAUCUGCUCAGAUUGAUAUGGCUGUUGAUACAGUAGUAGACUUAAGAACAAAGUUAUCUGAGUUUUACUGGGAACCUGAUGAAGCUGUAAAGCAGAGGAAAAAAACAACUGCCUUAAAUGAAACACUUCCCUUCUUUCUUGGAAGGCUUGAUGCAUUGGUGAAGGAAAAUGGAGGUUACCUUGCAGCGGGAAAGUUGUCUUGGGGAGACUUCUUCUUUGCUGGAAUCUCUGAAUAUAUGAACUGUGUAGCUCAGUUUGAUAUUACAAAAGAUUAUCCAAAUCUAGCUGCUCUUAAGAAGAAGAUAUGUGAAAUUCCAGCCAUAAAAGACUGGAUCAGCAGGAGACCAGCAUCUGACCUUUGAGGUCAUGCUUGUUUCUUGAAGCUGAAGGAAAAAGAGAACAAACUAUAUUUUUUAAUAAAUAGAUUUAUUUUAAUUCAAAUUUAUCAUUUCAUCUUUUCAUUCUGUAGCAAAAAAAUAAACUCCUGCAGCAAA